AUGGUCUCCUCGGAGUCCCAGCCGAUCGUUCGGAGACAGUCCGCACAGCACUACCAGACCUUCAACACGCCACCGCCAAAGUCGCGCGGCCGUCCUCCCUCGAACGAUUCAGAACGUUCUCAUAGCUUCGGUAGUCUGCAUGCGAAUGGCGACGAUGAAGAUGAAAGCGCGGCAGCGCAGAACAAGCUGCCCAAGAAACAGAUGGCCGUCCUUGCGCUGAUAGCGCUUGCAGAACAAACCGCACUCAAUUCAAUAAGCCCUUAUCUCCCCGAUAUGACGUCGCGGUUUCCCGAGGUACAUGGUGAAAACGUUGGAGUAUACGUGGGUUUGAUCGCGUCGGCUUUUGCACUGGCACAGUUUGUUACAAAUUAUUAUUGGGGUUGGUUAUCAGACCGCGUGGGCAGGAAACCGGUCAUUCUGCUUGGAACUGCCUGCACUGCUGUCUGCUUUGUGCUCUUUGGGUUCUGUACAACAUUGUGGCAGGCGAUUUUGGUUCAGGCUUUGAUGGGUAUGCUUAACGGCAAUGCUGGCCUGGUGUCGACUUGUUUGGGCGAGAUCACAAAUCGCAGCAACCAGUCGCGAGCGUUCACCUACCUUCCCGUAUUAUACGGAAUCGGAGGCAUCACCGGUCCCCUACUGGGAGGGUCUUUAAUCUUCAAGACGAACCCUCUGAACAAGGGACAACCGAAUCCUUAUCCAUAUGUUCUUCCAAAUAUUCUGUCGGCAGUCAUCUUGAUCAUUGACUUCAUUUUUGUCAUCUGUUUCUUGGAAGAGAGCUUGGAAGACGCACAAAAUCUUCCAACAUUCCGUGACAGAUUUAAAGAACUCUUCAGUUGGAUGUGGCAAUUCACAACCUCCCAUCGACCGACUUAUCUACGAGCUCGCUCUGGACCUGUCUAUCACCACCCGACAGCACGCCGCGGGCGCUCCUUUAGUGACCUCACUCAGGACGAAAGUGAUUUGGAUUCUGCCUCCGAAACGGCUGACGACGAUGAUCAGCCCUCAGAACUGACUAGAGAGCAGAUCUUCAACCGUGACACUAUUCUUUUGUUGCUCACAUAUCUCAUCUUUGCGCUCGUCAAUGUAUCUUUCAAUUCUCUCUACCCGAUCUUCGCACAAGCUUCAGAACCCGCUGGUCGAGACCUGAGUCCUCAAGAAAUCGGUCUAUCCCUCGGUUUCUCUGGUAUUGUGACUAUCGUCUUCCAGAUUUGCGUCUUUGGAAAGCUGCGCGAUAAGAUGGGAAACAAAUGGUCUUAUCGGGCUGGCUUAUUAGGCUUCGUCAUUGCAUUCUUACUCAUGCCUUUGAUUGGCUACAAGGGCUCUGAUGAGAAUGGGCGUUUGUCCAAAAAGUCUGCUCUGUUGGCUGUUGAGCUUUGCUUUGUGUUGCUCAUCAAGACUGUUGCUGCUGUGGGAGGAUUGACGAGCGCACUGUUACUGGUGACGAAUUCGGCACCCAAUCAUUCUGUCCUAGGUGCUCUCAACGGUCUUGCGCAGACCCUUUCAGCAGCCGGACGUUCAGUGGGCCCCUUCCUAUCCGGUGGCCUUUUCUCACUUGCACAAAAAUUGCCCAAAGGCGAAAUGCUUGCAUUUGGAGUCUUCGCAGCAGUGUCCUUUGUCGGCUUCAUCCUGAGCUUCGGUAUUCGAUCCUCGGCUCUCGAGGCUGCUGGAUGGAGUAGUGACGAGGACGAUGAUGUGGAUAAGUCAGAUGACGAGACUGAGCAUGGAGCUUAA